GAGAAAAGAAUAGUUAUUGGGUGUCAAGGUAAAUCUUGCCGGAUGAAGCAACGAAUUUGUCACGUGUCACAGUUCCAGCGGAUUGACACGCGUCAAUACUCGAGUGACUAACUAACAAAUCUCGCUAGACUAAUCAAAAAAUCAUUUUACAUUGGCUUAAGAAGGGCAAUCCAAACCAGAUCAUCCGGAGUAGGAGCAGAGCCGCAAUCGCGAGCCAACGGACACAGCAGUACUAUCGCCGGCUGGAGAUUGAGGAUUGAGAAGAGGUGGCAGUGAUCGCAAAAGCGUGACUUCGUGACUCUAGAGAGAGAGAGAGAGAGAGAGAGAUGUCGAAGACACUGGUACAGCCGAUAGGGCAGAAACGAUUGACGAACGUUGCUGUGGUACGCUUGAAGAAGCAUGGAAUCCGUUUUGAGGUUGCCUGCUACAAGAACAAGGUUCUUUCAUGGCGUUCCGGGGUUGAGAGAGAUUUGGAUGAAGUACUGCAGUCACAUACUGUUUAUUCAAAUGUUUCAAAAGGAAUUCUUGCCAAAUCAAAAGAUUUGAUAAAGGCCUUUGGGACAGAUGAUCAAUCGAAAAUAUGUUUGGAGAUUCUGGAGAAAGGAGAACUUCAAGUUUCAGGGAAGGAGAGGGAGUCUCAGUUGUCUAGUCAGUUUCGAGAUAUUGCAACAAUAGUAAUGCAGAAGACCAUCAACCCAGAAACUCAGCGUCCUUAUACCAUAAGCAUGAUUGAGCGGCUAAUGCAUGAAACUCAUUUUGCUGUUGAUCCUCAUAACAGCUCAAAGAAGCAGGCACUUGAAGUAAUCCGUGAGCUUCAAAAGCACUUUCCCAUAAAAAGGUCUCCAAUGAGAGUGCGGCUGACUGUUCCUCAACCUAAUUUUCCUUCUCUUGCGGAUAAACUCAAUGCCUGGAAUACGAGCACCAUUUCAAAGGAUGAAUCUGGAAGUCAGCUCUCUGUUACUUGUGAAAUAGAGCCAGGUUUUUUCAGGGACUGCGAUUCCUUGGUGAGGAAGCUGCAGGGAAGAUUAGAAAUUCUGGCAGUUUCUGUGCAUGUGGAGGGAGAUACUCAGGUGGAUGAUUACGAUGAGUACGAGGGUAUGUCAUCAAGCGUACCCAAAGAGUCAACUGAUUCUGUGCUCCAACUUGGUGAAAGAAUGCAGAAACAAACUCUCCUCCAAGGAAGUGCAAAUAUUCAGGCACAAGUGAAGCAAAACAAGUGCAGCACAUGCAAUGCAUUUGUCGGAGAUUCGUACAGAGAACACUUUAAGAGUGAUUGGCACAAGCAUAACCUAAGGCGCAAGACCAGGCAACUUCCUCCCCUUACUGCAGAAGAAUGCAUGGCUGACAUGGAGAUCGCUGACUCGAAGUCGGAUUUAAAGGAUUAUUCAUUUUGAUGUUGGGGGGUUUUCUACUAGCACUAGUUGUUCCCUGUACAAAAACAUAAAUUUUACCAACAACUUUAUGCGUGUAUUGAAAGUAAGUAUCUAGUAUUUCAACUGCCUUUAGUACAUUAGGUUUACGUAUGCUUCUGAAUCUUUGGGAGAUUGAAGCACUUGCCUUGCCCUCCUGUUGAAAUCAUAAAAAAUGUAAGAGAGAGCAUGGAUCCUUUCCUAAAAAAUGCAGAGGAUCCAUAAGUAGAUUUGUUGCACCUUGGCAAUGAGUAAAAUGUGUUCAAUUUGUUGGACACAAGGAUUGGAAUUUUCAUCUGUAAAAACAAAAAUAUAGUGUUUGAGGGCAUUGAUUUCUUUCUGUAGAUUUGAAUUUAUGUAGAUUUGAACAAACUUAUCCAAGUGCACCCCGAUUCAAAUUUAA